AAUUUUUAAAAUCAUUAUUUAUUUUAUUUAUAAAAAAAAUAAUAGAACAGCUGUUUUUAAAGCUCUAAAUUAAAAAAAAAAAUAAUUAUUUAAAAAUCUAUAUUUAAUAAAAUAAUAGUUUCUAUAAUAUUAACAAGAUUACAGAUAAUUAAUUACUACAAAAUAAUAACAAAGUAAAGUUUAGUGUAAAUUUGUCAAUAAAGUUUUAAACUGAAAAUAAAUAAUAAUACUAAUGAAGUGUUUGAGUAAAAAUGACGCACAUUCGAUUUGACACUUUUCGCUGCAUAUUGAUUUUAUUAACAACCACACUUGUUGCUAACGGAGAUUUACAAAAUCUCAUAGAAUUACAGCAUAGACGACACUUACCUAAUACUAAAUUUGGACCAGAUGAUUAUGCUGAAUAUUCUGAUAAUAAUGAACCAGCGCCAGCGGAAAGUGAUCCUAAUUGGGAUAAAAUACCUCUGAGAAAUGUUGAAUUAUCUGGUAACAAACCAUUAAUUUCUGAAUCUAUCCAACCAGAUUUACGUUCAAUAUUUGAAUCAGGUAUAAAAUGGGAUGAAAAUUGGAGUUCAGAAUUAAAUUAUGGACAACUGUCAGCUGUCGAUUUAGAUUUAGACGGCAAUAUAGUACUUUUUAGUAGACGCGAAAGAGUCUGGGGCCAAGAUACUUUUAACAUUGAGAAUACAUUUAAUCGAGAAUAUGGACCUAUUAAACAUAAUACAAUAAUAAUAUUUAAUAAAAGUGGCAAAGUUAUAUUAGAGUGGGGUAAAAAUAUGUUUUACUUACCACACGGAUUAACAAUUGAUUAUAAUGGAAACUACUGGCUGACAGAUGUUGCUAUGCAUCAAGUAUUUAAAUUUGAUGGUAAAGAUAUUAAAACUUAUUGGGAAGCAUUUAAAAAUGUUCAAAAUAAAACUCAUGAUAUUACUGAUGAUAUAAUAAAUGAUAAUAAAAAUUUAUUUAAUAACAGUAUUAUAAAGCCUACGCUAAUAUUAGGAGAAGCAUUUGUGCCAGGUAAUGAUAAUGAAAGAUUUUGUAAACCAACAGCAGUUGCAGUUGCAAAUAAUGGUGAUUUUUUUGUAAGUGACGGAUAUUGCAAUUCAAGAAUUAUUAAAUUUAAUAGUAAAGCUGAGAGAAUAUUAAUUAUUGGCCGUUCUUCUACGAUAAAUAAUCAUUUUAUCUCGCCUUAUACACUUAUAGUACCUCACGCUUUGGCACUUUCUGAUGAAUUUGACUAUUUAUAUGUUGCCGACAGAGAACACGGCAGAAUUCUGUGUUAUUAUUCACAAAACGGAACUUUCCACAAAGAAUUUAAAAAUCCUGUUAUUGGUACUAAAAUUUAUAGUAUCGCUUAUUCGAAAGAACGUCUUUAUUUAGUUAAUGGAGGGGAUCCAUAUUCUUUUAAUAAAUUCCAUGUACAAGGUUUCGUUAUUGAUAUUAAUUCUGGUCAAAUUAUAGCACAAUUUGGACCCAAUAAUGAUAUGCUUGCUCCUCAUGAUAUUGCUGUUUCUGAUGAUGCUAGUGAAAUAUAUGUUGUUGAAUUAAAUAAUAACAGAAUAUAUCGAUUUUUACAAGAUGCUAAUUCAAACCAUUCAGUAAAAAUAAAUUCAUCUCUAACAAGCAAAUCUGCAGAUUCGAAUUAUAUAACUCACCAUGGAUUUGUUCCUCUGACAAGUGAUAGUUCCAGUGAUAAAUCGUCAAGAAAUAUGAGUUUAUCAAUAUUACUAUUAACAAUCAUUGUCAGUGUAAUGAUUUUUAUUGGUCUGUGCGUCGGAGUUGCAGCAGUUGUAGCAAGAUGCCAAAAGAGAGGAUGCUUAUUGUCUGCUCGUAAAAGAGGUUACUGGGCGAAUGACAGUAAAGAUAAUUUUAAAUUAUCAAGUUUAUUAAAUGCUAGGCAAAAUAAAAAUUUUAGAAUUUUUGACAAACGCCCAAGUACUCGUGACUUCAGUAAAUUAAAUACAGAACCUGAAUCAACUGAUGAUGAACAUGUGGAAGAUAGUUUGAUUAUAUAAUUUAAUUAUCUUAGUAUUGAGAAAAAAUUAGUAUAUUACUAACCAAGAGGUUUAAACCAAGAGGUGAAUUCAUCACAAAUUCCGACAACCACACGGAUUACGACUCUCUACCGUCCUCCGCGGUGUGUAACAUACUUAUUUUUAUCAAGUUUGCACCUGAAAGUUAAAAUUUUCUGCCAUACCUGCACUGAAAGCUUAAAUUUCUGCCGUGCUUAUUGAGAAGAAAGUCGUACUUUUCUCUUAUGAGAAAACAAAUGAAAUAAAUUCAUGUAUGCGCCAUUCUUCCCGCAAACAGUAUUAAAAAUUUAAACUUUCAAGUGCAGAUCUGGUGAUAAAUAGUAUACCCACCACGAGGAAAGAUAGGACAUCCUAAUUCACGUGUUUGCCGCCUUCGGCUCGGUUAGGCAUUUACACACACGGAUCGACAUGUCCUACUUUCCCCCUUGGGUGUGUAAUAUACUUCUUUCUGAAACUGAAUUAGUGAAUAUUCACUAUUUGCUAGUGAAUUUCGAUAAUUUACUUUUAGAGAGUAAAUUUGCCUCUGUAUGCAGAAAUAAUGGCGCAUGCGCUAGUUUUUAUCAUUUGUUUUGUCAUAAGAGAAAAGUUUGACUUUUUUUCUGCUGAAGAAAGCAGGAAAUGAAACUUUCGGUGCAGGUAUUAUGAAAAAAAAAAACCGUUUUCAUUUUUUUUGUUUUUAUAAAUAACACUAAUUACGCAAUGACAAAUAAAUACAUUGGU